CCCUUCACAAUUCUGCAAAACAACAGUUAACUUGCAAACGCAUUGUCAGUGUGAAAUCAUUCUCAAUUGCGACGUAGACGAAGCGAAUACUCAGUUCUAGUUUCAGAAAUUUUGUUUAAAUUUGGUGUAAACAAAGAGUGAAAAAUGCUGACAAGAUUAUGCUGCAUGCGUCUCAAUACCGCCGGCGUGGUGCUCGGCUGGUUGGGUGUCGUUGGCUCCUUAUUGGGUGUAAUUUUGGUAUCCACCAUUUUGGGAUAUGCCGAUGUUAUUGCUCAAGGAAUGGUCGGAAAUAAGACAACUGUGCAAAGCUAUGAUGAAGUCCAUUCGGCGAUUGUCAUCGGAUGCAGCGUUUACUUGGGGAUCAUUCUGCUGAACUUAUUGUCAUCGGCCCUGCUAAUACUUGGCACCAUGAAGGAACGUCAUCUAAUGCUAUUGCCAUGGCUGAUUAAUUCUGCCGUUGGACUUUUCCUUAGCAUUGUUUCUAAUAUAAUUGUAUUGGGCGCCUCAAUUUCCGCUGGCACCGAUUUCGGACGUGUUCUAGCUGCUAUGAUACCCACUGCUCUUAUACUAGCUUUGCAAAUCUACAUUUAUAUGGGAAUCUACUCGUUGUUUAAGCAAAUUCAGCAAACACGCGAGCAGCAGCGUCCAUUGAUGUCUGAUACACAGGGCAUGGCUGUACCAAAUCAGGGUAAUACGUAUCCCAGCUAUACCAAAAUUUGAAAGCGAAGCAUCAGAGCAAAUGCGAUCAAUUUGGUUCUGUACUGCGACACUUAAUACACACAUUCAAACACAGAUACAUAACUACUUCCUUACUUUAUCAACUGUUAUAACA